GUGUGUGUGUGUGUAGAUAUAUAUACCCAGUGUGUGAUGGGGCUGAUCUCCCAGACAGUCCCUCCUACAGUCUGAUGAGACUCUCUCAGACCUGUCCCGCCGUCUGCACAAGAUGCCAAGAGGAGCCGUCGGGCGCAGUGCUGUGGCAGAGGCUUUGCGAAUCCUCUCCGCUUUGCUCAGCAUUUCCGAUGCCCUGUUCGCAGCGAAGGACGGCAAUAUUUUGUCCAGUAAAUUAUCAUCGCCUAGCCAACAGGAGCAUCUAAAGCAGCUGCAACAAUAUGAGAAAGUAGUUCCUUACCUCCUGGAUGGAGAUCGCCAGAAACAAUUGAGCAACCUGCAUGGAAAGAGCCACCCUUCAUUGGCCAAGUUCCUAAUUGAAGCUGACGGCAAAGAAUUGAUCAUUGAACUUGAAAGAAAUGAGGUGCUUUUUGCUGACAACUACACAGAGACACACUAUCUACAUGAUGGCAGUGCCAUCACAAACACACAGAAUCAUACGGGUCACUGCUACUACCAUGGUCAUGUGCAGGGAUAUCCUCAAUCCACUGUCAGUCUCAGCACUUGUUCAGGUCUCAGGGGAUUUGUUUCAUUUGAAAAUAAAACGUAUAUAUUGGAGCCUAUUGAAGGUGCUCUCGACAACACACACUUGAUCUACAGAGCAGAGAAUCUUCAGAUCACUGGAGGAAAUUGUGGACAUAGCUUCAGGAUGUCAGACAAUGCAAUGGACAGCAUUGUUGAAUCAUUGCAAAACUCUUCUACAAGGCACAAAAGAGACAUAUCGAAGACCACAAAGUACGUGGAACUAAUUAUAGUAGCAGACAAUCGAGAGUUUCAGAAGCAAGGGAAGGAUUUGGAAAAGACUAAACAGAGACUGAUAGAGAUUGGGAAUUUUGUGGAUAAGUUCUACAGACCUUUGAACAUACGAGUUGCUCUGGUUGGAGUGGAAGUUUGGACCGACAUGGACAAAUGUUCAAUAACAGGGGACCCAUUCACUACGCUGAAUGAGUUUCUUGACUGGAGGAAAUUGAAGCUGCUCUCACGUAAACCACACGACAACGCUCAGCUAGUGAGUGGCGUGUACUUCCAGGGAACGACCAUUGGCAUGGCACCUAUAAUGAGCAUGUGCACAGCAGAGCAGUCAGGAGGGAUUGUUAUGGAUCAUUCAGACAAUCCUUUGGGAGCCGCAGUAACGAUGGCACACGAACUGGGACACAAUUUCGGAAUGAACCACGACACCCCUGCCCGUGGCUGUGCCUGCAAGGCGUCGUCUGACAAGGGAGGCUGCAUCAUGACCCCAUCCACAGGGUAUCCAUUUCCUACAGUAUUCAGCAGUUGCAGCAAAAAGGAUCUGGACAGUAGCCUGGAGAAGGGAGUAGGAAUGUGCCUGUUUAAUAUGCCAGAAAUUAAAGAGCUCCAUGGCGGGCAAAAGUGUGGCAAUGGAUAUGUGGAAGAAGGCGAGGAGUGCGACUGUGGUGAACCUGAAGAAUGUACCAACCCUUGCUGUAAUGCGAGCACCUGCACACUGAAAUCCGAAGCAGUAUGUGCACAUGGACUUUGCUGCAAAGAUUGCAAGUUGAAGCCUCCAGGAACCCCUUGCAGAGAGUCCAGUAAUUCCUGUGAUCUACCUGAGUUCUGCACUGGAGCAAAUGCACACUGUCCAGCCAACGUAUAUCUACACGAUGGGCAACCCUGCCACAAGAAAGAUGGUUACUGUUACAAUGGAAUAUGUCAGACACACGAACAGCAGUGUAUUACUCUCUGGGGAUCAGGUGCCAAACCUGCUCCUGGAAUCUGCUUUGAAAAAGUAAACUCAGCAGGUGAUCCCUAUGGUAACUGCGGGAAAGACUCAUCUGGUUCAUUUGCAAAAUGUGAGACCAGAGAUGCUAAAUGUGGAAAAAUCCAGUGUCAGGGAGGAGCAAGCCGUCCGGUUAUUGGGACAAAUGCUGUCUCUAUAGAAACUAACAUUCCUUUGCAAGAAGGCGGAAGAAUAUUGUGUCGUGGUACACACGUGUAUCUGGGCGAUGAUAUGCCGGACCCAGGCCUUGUGCUUACCGGCACCAAGUGUGGAGAGGGGAAGAUCUGUCUAAAUCGACAGUGCCAGAAUAUUAGCGUCUUUGGAGUGAGGGAGUGUGCUUCGAAAUGUCAUGGGCAAGGGGUUUGCAACAACAACGAAAACUGCCACUGUGACCAGGACUGGGCUCCUCCAUACUGUGACAAACCCGGUUUAGGAGGCAGCGUCGACAGUGGGCCAAUGAGGCUGCAAGAAAGUAACAGCCUCUUUGUGGGUAUACUGGUUACCAUCUUGAGUCUAAUCACUGCUGGGUUGAUCAUGUGUUUCAAACGGAAGACAUUACUGCAGCUGCUUUUCUCACAGAAGCUGACAACUGUCGAAAAAUUAAGGUCUGUCGGGCCAACUAGAUCUUCAACUUCAAACCAGCCCAGUCCUGCCUACCUAACUCCCAUUAAAAGAAAAGUCAACAUGCAAAAGCAGACAGACAAUCUCCAGCCUCCCAGGUCAUUUCCACCCCCUGGAAUGCGAGAUCAAGCUGUACGAGGACCACCCUACUAUCAGCCUGUUCACAUCAGUAAUCCUCUGCCAAAUUCAGUCAGAACAGCAAAUUUGCACUUUUCUCUGACACCUCAGCGGGUUCUGCCACCACUAAACCACAGCACGGAGUCUAAUUCUGGAGUACCCAACAGGCCGCUGCCAGCAAACCCUUCUUUCAGAAGCCUCCAGGCACCUUCUAUACGCAAUCCUCCGCAGAAACCACUGCCAGCAAAUCCUAUAAACCGACCAUCUCAUCUUAAUGCCUCCUCCAUGCAGAACCCUGAAUUCCAUAUCAAACCUGUCAGGCCAGCACCCAAGAAGCCUCAGCAAUAUAGCAAAAUUAACCAACAUUGUUGACAUUUAAAUGACUGAAGAACUUUGCCUGCCAGCAACUGACCAAACGUGUUUGCACUAUCGGAGGAGUGAAUGUGGAGUUAGUACAUUUAUUAACCAACAUUAUGAGCGGGAAUGGUUCUGCUGUAUAUGUAUAUGCUGUGUCAGCAUUGCAUGACACUUGGGAGUCUAAUUUGCAGUAUUUCUUAACAGGAUUCCUCAACAAGGAAUCCGAGUCUCACAAGUGAGACUGCUUCAGGUAACUGGAAAUAUUUUGCGACAACCCCUCUUCAGGAGCAGAGGUCCCGCAGUCCAACAGAGAAUUCUAACAAGAUUCUCUAUUUUGGAAUACCCCAAAUUAGACUCCCCUAUAAGCCUUUGGUUUCAUUUCUUGGCAUUUGCAAAGGUUGGCAAGGCUCGGGUGAUGACGAAACUGUACUUUUUCAUCACCUUUUGGAAGAGGAAACGGUCUUUAUCUAAGUCAUGCGCUCUCUGUACAUAGAGUAUAAAUAUUUUAUACAUGGAAAGAACCCCUCUGCGAGAUCAUGGUGCCACGACGAUGUUUAGCAAGGCACUUAGCAAUGGCUCACUGGAAUCUGGUGGGUGACCCCCUCUCACCCCACCGACCCUGCUUCAACUGAAGAAAGUACCCAGACUUAAAAAUGCAUUCAAUUCAGCUUCUAGUAAUUGGUUUACAAAAUAAAUCUUUCUAGAGAGCAAAAGCGCCAAACGUUCUCAGCGCUUUCACUGUAUAAUUGGGCACCAGCUAGAUAUAACCCCCUGUGAUACCACCCCUGUGCGUGCUUUGUCCAAGCCACUCGUUGUAUAAGUGUUGUAUCACUCCAGGACGCAUGUGGAAUGCUAUUGAAUUAGCCUCACCAACAAAUUUCUGCGUGAUUCAUGAUCACCUACGGCUAGGCGAGUAAUGUCAAUAUAACCCGAAGCACUGCAUGAGUUAGCAGGCGCUAACCCAGAGGUUUCAAAUGCAGCCUUAUACUGUAACUAAGUGGUAGGCUCACAUCGCCAAAGGUGGUGGCCUAAUUGGCUGGCACCCGUUAUCUGAUUUAUAUAAUAUAGCAUUAAUAGAUAAAGGGAUUCUGAGCUACUGUUUUUGGUGCUGUGACUCCUGAUGGUGCUGUGUACUUGCUCAGGUACUUGUAAAUUAUUAAUUUAUGUUGAAUAUUUAUUACAAUGCAGUGCAAUGUGGUAGACACUUUUACAGUAGCUGAAUUUUCUUAAAGGAAAAAUUCUCUGGGUGUUGUAAUUGUGUUCAUUUUUUCAGUGAUAACAUUCUGUCUAAUUGCAUCUUAGCAGAGUGAAUGUAUUUGCUCUAAAGUUCCUAGGGCACCACUAAACACAAUGUGCUAUUAAUCUUUAAACAGCUGAAAUAAAACACAUUCAUACUCAGAUAAGGAAUUCAGCGCAGAUUGGACUGAUUCACAGAAUUCAUUUAAACAAAACCACUGCAUUGUUUACUUUUUCUGGCAAAACCAUUUUGUAAAAUGAUUUUUUAAAAAGAAAUUCCAAGCUUACUAUUAGUAUCUGAUGUAGUUUAUUGAUUAAACUAUACUCCCACUUUUUGUAGCAUUUACAUAUCCUAGUAGGUCAGCUAGCUAUUCAGAGUCCUUAUUAUAUAAAUGAAAUGUAUCUAACAUUCCAUUCAAGCUUUUUCAUGUUUGUUGUACAUUUUAGGUUUUACAGGAAAAUGCUAUUCUGGAGUUUGUUUCCUUUUGCCAUUGAUUCAUCACUAUGCUUGUGAAUUGUCCAGUAUU